AUGACCAAGACAGAGUCAUUGCAUUCGCCAGUAGAUCGCUCAAACCGGCCGAAAAGCAUUAUGCAUAAACUUGAAUUUUUGGCAUUGAAAUGGGCCAUCAACGAAAAGUUUCACGACUACCUGUACGGUGCAACAUUUGAGGUAGUUACAGACAACAAUCCACUUACAUACGUUACAACCACUGCAAAACUCGACGCCACGGGUCAACGCUGGAUUGCAGCGUUAGCCAAUUAUAAUUUUACAACGCGCUAUCGACCAGGGAAGAAUAAUGCCGAUGCAGAUGGUUUAAGUCGCUUGAUCAUUGAUCCACCAACCUUCCAAGCUUUGUCAACAUCAACGGCAGCGACAGUGGAAGCGUUACCAGUCAUUGUGAGUACGGUAAUUCCCGACAGUAUAUCAGAAGUGGAAACUCAGGCAGGUGUACAAGUUCCUGAUGAAGUUUUACUGUCAUACGCUUUGAGUUCUAAGGACUGGAUAGAGGCACAGUCGAAGGAUCCAGUCAUUUCCGUCGUUAUUGAUCAUGUACACAAAGGCACCAGGCCGUCAGCUUCGCGGGCUUUGGGCACAAGUGCGGUAGAUAAGUAUCGACGAGACUGGGAUAAAUUGGAACUCAGAAAUGGUGUUUUAUACCGUAAAGGCACUCUUUUCGGUGAACAGUAUCAUCAACUGGUAUUGCCUUCUGCACUUAGAGAUGAGGUAUUUCAGGCAUUACACGAUGACCUUGGACACCAGGGCAGAGAUCGAACUAUGUCACUAUUCAAGCAGAGGUUCUACUGGCCAGGAAUUGAUACUUUCGUUCGCGACAAAGUUGCAAGUUGUCCGAGGUGUAUUCGACGAAAGGCAGCACCUGAUUCAGCUUCUUUGGUCCCGAUAUUCACGUCAGCACCCAUGGAUAUGAUCUGUGUUGACUAUUUAAGUCUUGAACGAUCAAAAGGCGGGUUCGAACAUAUUCUUGUUGUAACAGAUCAUUUUACCAGAUACGCCCAGGCCUACCCAACGACAAAUCAAACAGCCAAGACCACCGCUCGAGUUUUGUUCGAGAAAUUCAUUGUGAAUUACGGCUUUCCGGAACGGAUCCAUAGCGACAAGGGGGCAAAGUUUAUGUCGAGCCUUAUGACAGAACUAUGUCGCCUAGGAGUUGUGAAUCAAUCACGUACUACGCCGUACCACGCUAUGGGCAAUGGUAUGGUCGAGCGAUUCAAUCAGAUACUACUUAAAAUGUUGGGAACGCUUGACAAAGACAAGAAGAGUAACUGGAAGGAUCACGUCGGGCCAAUGGUGCAUGCGUAUAAUGCUACCAUUCAUGAUAGUACAGGCUAUUCCCCGUACUAUUUAAAGUUCGGUCGUCAUCCAAGGCUAGCAAUAGAUAUUCUUCUCGGACUCGAUAUCGACGACCUCAAUGCCAGAUGUUCGAACGAAUAUGCACGUAAACUCCGUGAGCGUCUUGCGCACGCAUACAAAACGGCUAAGGAAAUAGCAAAGAGAACGGCGGAGGUCAAUAAACGACAAUACGACCGAAAGGCGCAUGCCGCGAAAAUUAAACCCGGCGAUCUUGUCCUAGUACGUAAUGUUACCCUUCGUGGCAAGAAGAAAAUAGCAGACAAAUGGGAGAAUUACCUUUACGUUGUCUUGGAUCAACCAAACCCUGAAAUUCCCGUCUAUGACGUUAAAAGGAAUGAUCCAAGAGCAAGACGUGUUCGAAGACUCCAUCGGAAUCUUAUCUUACCCCUAAGACAAACUGAUGGAAAACCCUCAGAUAUUGUUCUAGAGGAUGUCGCUACAGCCGGUACAAAAUACGUCAUCCCACAGAAGCGAGGAAAAUAUACACCAUCCGAUGAUGACGUGAAUCCAGAAGUACGACUAGGUCGACCAGGAACCGCCGCGCUCCAAAGUGGCAAAAUAGUGGCAAAUUCCAGAUGUAACAACGUACGAAUGAUAGAUAGAAGGAAUCUUUUUGACAAAACACUCAGAUUUUCUACAGAAGGUGAUCCUGAUAGUCAGAUGCAUGAACAUGAGAGAAGUUCAUACGGAUCUGAUAUUGAUGCUUAUGCAUAUGGACCACCUAAUCAAAAGCCGGCGAACAAUACAAAGCCUGAUAGGUCUAAACCUGAACCUGUAAGUCAGCCACCUGUUGAAACUGACAAAUUUACGCUACAGAAUAACACUCAAACCGCCAAAGCAACGGAUAAUCAAACGGCGACAAACAUUACCAAUUAUGGCGGACCUACAAAACAAGCGCAUAGUCAAAUUCAAAUUAACACGGCACAGUCGGCCGAACAAGGACACGUUAUACCAGCAAAGUCAAUUUUGCAGGAACAAGUUAUACCACCAUCGCCUAAAGUACAGGAACAAGUUAUGCCAACGAAGCCUAUGGAACGGAAACACGUUUUCCCACCAAAGCCUAUGGUGGAGGAACAAGUUGUUCCACCAACGCCUACGGUAAAGGAACAAGUUAUGCCACCAAUACAUAAGAUACAGGAACAAUAUAUGUCACCAAAGCCUACGGUACAGGGACAAGCUAUGCCACCAAAGCCUACGGUACAGGAACAAGGUAUGCAUCAAAAGCCUACGGUUCAGGAACAAGCUAUGCCACCAAAGCCUACGAUACAGGAACAAGCAAUGCCACCAAAUCCUUCGAUACAGAAACAAGCUAUGCCACCAAAACCUUCGGAACAGGAACAAUAUAUGCAACCACAGCCUACGGUACAGGAACACGCUUUUCCACCAAAGCCUACUGUACAGGCACAAAUUAUACCACCAAAGCCUACGGUACAGGAACAAGCUAUUCCAACAAAGCCUACGGUACAUGAACAUGGUAUGCAACCAAAACCUACGGUACAGGGACAAUCAAUGCCACCAAAGCCUACGGUACAAGAACAAGGUAUGCAGCCAACGCCUAUGGUUAAGGAACAAAUUAUGCCACCAACGCCUCUGAUAAGGGAACAAGUUAUGCCACCAAUACAUAGAGAACGGGAACAAGCUAUGCCAUCAAAGCCUACGGUACAGGAACAAUGUAUGCAACCAAAGCUUACGGUAAAGGAACAAAUUAUGUCACCAACGCUUACGGUAAAUGAACAAGUUAUGUCACCAAUACAUGGGGUUCGGGAACAAGCUAUGCCACCAAAGCAUACGCCACACGAACAUGUUAGAACAUCAAAGCCUGGGGAACAUGAAGGCGUUACUACGACAAAGUCAACGGCAAUUGAAGAGAGAACACCAUCAAAGACAAUGGUACAAACACAUGCUAUACCGACAAAGUCAACAGAACUGUGGCAAGAUACACCGCAAAUGUCAACGGUACAUGAACAAUUUAUAAAGGCAAAGUCAACGAUACAGGAAAAAGUUUUGCCGACAAAGUCAACGAUACAGGAACAAAGUUUGCCGACACAGGCAACAGCGCUUAACAAAGAUAUAUCACCACAAUCAACGGCACAGGCACACGUUAUUCCGGCAAAGUCAACGGUACAGUAUAUACCAACAACGUCUAAGGUAAUUAAUCAAGAUAAAACGGCAGAGUCAACGGUAUUGGGCCAAGAUAUACCGGCAACUUCAACGGUGCUGGAUCAAGAUUCAUUGGCAAAGCCAAUAUUAUUAGCACAAGAUAAAUCGGCAAAGUCUUCGACCCCAGAACAAGGCGACGGUUUUUUGACAAUAACGUCAGUACUACAAGAACAAGGUUUACCGGCAAGGGCUACGGUGCAGGGACGAAGUCCAAAGCCAACGGAUAUUUCGAGCUCUGUCGGUUUAGGCUACCAAGCUGAAAGCCAAGGAUCUAUUACACCGCCAAAGUUUACGGCACAGGGACUAAAUCUAGACGCAAAAACACUGGAUAAACAUACGACGGAAAUUGAUGAGUCAGCAACACACAGCACAGAUGAACAACAACAAGAGUUCAUUCGUAAAUCAUUAGAAACCAUGAUUGAACUUUGUCGUUGCAACGGAGAAAGUUACAUGGCGCGAAUUGAAGAAGUAAAGCAAAUGAUGAAAGGAGAUAACAACGAACAGAAUGGGCAAGAAAAAAAAGAUUACUUUUGUAAAUUAGUGGACACCAUGCAUGAAAUAUGUCAGAGCAAUCAAAGAUUUUACACAGGACAACUUGCAGAUGUAAAACGAAUGAUGACAGAAAAUGACACACACAAUCAGCAAAAAAUCAAAAAAUUCAUUUGUAAGUCAGUUGAAACCAUGACUGAAAUAUGUCGUACUAAUGGAGAAAAUUACAUGGCACAAAUUGAAGGUGUAAAGCGAAUCAUGAAAGAAAAUGAAAUCAAACAAAACGAGCAAAACAUAAAAUUGCAACGAGAUAAAGGCAAAAUUCAAAUCCGUGACAAAAUAAAUUGCGUUUUACAAAGAAGAAUAAGAAAUCUUCAAACGAUGAAAGAUAAUUUUUUGUUAAAAUUCGGACAACAUGGAACGACAGGAGAUCUUAAAAGUCUUCAGGGACUGUUGGAGAAAGACGAACAGUUACAACGACGACAAGCCGAACUGGAAGAUACUUUGUCUGUAGAAUGUUCUACGAAGCAAACAAUGACGGACCAAGAUUCAGUAACAACAAACCGAGGCUCGAGCGGAAAAAAAUCCAUGUCGAUUAGGGAGGCUGUCAAAGCAAAAAUACUCGAACUUUGUAAGAAGAAAGAGGAUACUGCAUGUGCAAACGAAAAAUGUCUCGUCAAGGAACUUGAUGAAGUUGAGGAACAACUGCGUAAAAAGACAGAUGAGGUGGACAAACUGAAAACGCAAAUAGGGUAG